CCUUCAGUCAGUCAGUUCACACUCAGCUCGUUUUUUGACAGCAGAAGAACUUAAAUCUUAAAGGAAAAUCUAAGGAUGGCAGUUUUGGACAAAAAGAUUCUCAUUCUCUGGGGCUUCAUGUUCCUUCUGGCAGGUGCUGUGGGUCAGAGUGUGAACUAUUCACAUCCUGUUUGUGCCAUGAAAGGAUCGACUGUCAACCUCCCCUGCACCUUCGAAACACUGGAGUCUUACACUGAGAAUGGAAAAAAAGUUUUGAUAACGAUCAACAGAGUCGUCUGGUGCCCGAACCAUUUGAUUUGUCAGGGCAGCACUCCGUCUGUGUACGACAGUGAAUCAAACAACAACAACCCUCGUUACAGAUACCUGGGAGACAAGAAAGGAAACUGCACUUUACAGAUCACCAAUUUACAGGAGGAAGAUAACGCAAUUUUUCGCUUCAGAGUGGAAACUAAUCACGCCAAAGCAACAUUUGCUGGCAAACCAGGAGUGAAGGUCAAUGUAACUGAAAAUAUUCAGAUGAUGAUAAAGACAGAGAGCGACAGAGAGGUGGAGGAAAGACAAAGAGGGGAAAGACUCACACUGAAAUGCAGUGCAACGUGCACCUUCCACCAACUGGAGGUCACCUGGUUUAGAUAUGGCAACGCCCUCCCAGAGACUGGCCCCACCCUCCAGCUUGGCCCUCUGGCUGCAAAGGAUUCUGGGAACUACACCUGUGGCUUGAAGAACAACAACCACACACUCUCCGAGCCGUACAGCCUGCACGUGAAGGAUGAAGAAGAAGCAGCAGAUGUUAACCUGCCUCUGAUCGCUGGUGUGGUGGUUGGUGUCCUGCUGGCUUUCUUCACUCUCGUUCUGGUUCUCUGCAUCAUCAAAAGGAAACGGGCAGCCGCAGCAGCAGAUCAGCUUCAGCCAUCUGUGGAAGGCGAACAAAAGCGUCCUGAUAUCAUCUACAGUGACAUCCAGCACCCUGCUGAGCGGGAACCACAGGAGGACAUCAGCUACGCCGCCGUCCAGUUCAAACAGAAGAACCAGGCCAGGCCAGCAGAAGAGGCGGAGGACGGUGUCAUCUACAGCUCUGUGGCCAGCAGAGGCUGAAGUCACAUCUCGUUUACACCCACAGGACAUAAAGAUGAUGUCAUGAUGAUGUGACGACAGCAGUCAGUCUGUGUUAUCAGCACUUCGCUCAGUGUGUGUAGCAUGAAGCUUAACAUGACCGUCAGUUAAUUAGCUAUUGAGAUAUUAUUGUUCAGAGCACCUAAAGCUGAGCUGCAGACCCAAAGAUUUCUUCAUGAGGGUGCUCGGUGAUGUAAAUAUCUUUCUCACUGUUAACUUUAUUUUUUAUUACAAACAUGUUGGAGCCAGUGUACAUAUAUACUGUAGAUAAGUAAUAUAACCAGUCAUGCAUGUGGAUCUAAACAGGAUCUAACCAGCUGUAACUGUGACUCUGUAAAUUGCACACACACAGUGGCGUGAGGAAGUUAGGACAGACCCCAGUGCACGCUAUCCUGCAAGUAUUGCCUUGACACAAAGAGAGACUUGACAAAUGACAUUGCAUAUCUGACAAAGAUAUUAAAGAAAGAAAUUAAUCAUUUCAUCAAAUAGUUUUUAUAGUAUAUUUAUAGAUUUUAUAGCUUAUAUAGGAAAAAGCAUAUUUUGUUUUAGACAGCUACUGACCUUUUUUUUUUUCUUUUAAAAAGAAAAGAAAAAUAAGACGCAGACUGGUUUGCCUUUUUGAGGACAUAUAUGGCAAAUAGCACCAUUUAUAUUAUUAUUAUUUUUAUCAUUUAUCUUUGAACAGGGUUAUGGUUAGGUAUAUUUCCAAGAUGGCAAUCUGAAUCAUUUGCAAGGGCCCACUCUUUGCACUGCCUGCACUGCCCAUAUUUACGCUCCUGCACACACACAGUCCUCUGAAUACUGUUAAUACUAUUAUAUGCUGCUACUGCCAGACGUAAUGCUACUACCUCUGUGACUACUGCUAAUGACAGACUUGUCUCCUGAAGUUUCACGGACACAGUCUGCUACCUUUAACUCUUUAUCGAUGAACCAAUAUUUGUCUGAUCGUUUCUACUGAUUAUGACUUUAUUGGCUUGGUUUGGAAUUUUUCUUUACAGUUUUAUUUUUGCAUUUCCAAUACCUUUUUGACGCCUGUUAAAUGUAAGUAUGUAAAGGCUCCAGUUUCAAAAACAGGAGCAGGAACACCUCCACCUCCAUAGGAAAUACGAGAUUUAAAAAAGGGUUUUGUGGUUCCACUAAAACCUAACACUUAUGUCAUUUGAAUCUAUUUUAAUCUGCUUUUCACUUCUGCUCUGGUCUCAUAGUGAAAAUGUCCUCAGCGUAAAAUGUUGCUGAGUAAAUGGGCUACUGUGAAUUGAAAGAUAACAGAGAUAACUGGAAGGCAACAGCUCGACCGACGCUCACAGUCUAACACUUGCGACACAGAGAACAGGGAAGUGAGAGUUCAUGUCAACACAUUCGAUAUGAAACAGGACUGAAGACAGACAGAAAACAACAAUAUUACACAGUUACAAGUAAGAGGCUGAUUCUGAUUGUGGGUCUUGAAAGGUUAUAAAAUACAGAGAUACAGGUCGACCAUGAUGGACUUUUUAAAUAGUAAGAAAUUUGCACAGAGUGUGGUUGAUGGCAGUCCAAAAAUGUCUCAGGUGGUGACAGACUUCCUGGCUCAGGAUACAACCCUGCACAUAGACACAUCGUUAAUCAUACAACAUGUUUGUGUUGCUCAUUAAAAAUGACUCACUGUGUAACUGAGUGUGUUUAUGUUGAGUUAUUCAGUUGAAAGUCCCAUAUGUGACAAUCAUAUGGUGCAGAACCAGUGGAGGGAAGUAACUAAGUAUACUUACUGAAAUACUUGUACUUUACUUGUAUUUUCAUUUGAUGCUACCCUCUACUUCUGAUACUUAAUAAAGCUGAUAAUACCUUUA